AUGAUUGGAAUGAUGAAUAGCGGCGCGGAGACGUCCGUCGAGUUUUAUGCGGCGGCGCGACAAAGCAGUCUCUAUGAUAACCGGAAAUUAAGCCGCGAUUUUAGAACCUAUACACCUGAAGGCCGAGUGCUCAUCAAUGGCGAGCCACUUUCUCCGCAUGGAGCUGAGGAGAUGUGGAGUAAACUGAUCAUCAAGUCUGCUGCCCAAAAAAUUAUCAAAAACGAAAGUGGCACAUUGGCAAAAAUUCGCAGACUUUCGGAGAAACUGAAAUUCCGCAAAUCAACCACAAAUCCAAAAUCGGCUGCAAUUUCCGACGAUUUUGCGACAAUUGUGACCAAAGCAGCUCAGAAUCAACGCGCUGAGCAGGCCGCCAUUUACAACAGCGUCGGAAAAAGCGAUGAGGAAGAGCCACAAGAUACCAGAUAUGUGACUACUAUUCGUAUUGAAAGCAUGGAUCUUGAUGAGCAAAUUACUGAUCCAAUUCCGCCAGCCUUACUCGAAGAAGAUAGUGUCCUUGCGCGUCUUUACGUGGAAUCGGAAAGAUUGGAGCGCGAGCAACGCGGACACGACAGCGGCAAAGGGAGCCUUGAGACUGUCUCACAUGAUUCUGACGUCAUCGUUGAGAAAUUCUGA